AUGAAGUUCCUCAUUAACGCCCUCCUCUUGAUCGCGCCCGUCGCCCUCGCUCUCCCUACUUCAGCACCCACUGAGGAGGCAGUUGAGAUUGCCGCCGUCGAGGCCAGACAAUCUUGCUACGUCCGUUGCGGCUCAACAUGCUACACCUCCGCCCAAGUUACUACCGCACGCAACGCGGGUUACAACUACUACCGUCAAGGUGAUGAGGCUGGUAGCUCCACCUACCCACACACGUACAACAACUAUGAGGGCUUUGACUUCCUCGUUUCUGGACCCUACCAAGAGUUCCCGCUGAGGACUUCUGGUGCUUACACUGGUGGCUCUCCAGGUGCUGACCGCGUUAUCUUCAACACUGCUGGACAGCGUGCGGGAGAGAUCACUCACACUGGUGCAAGUGGCAACGCCUUCGUUGCUUGCUCUGGGUGGUAG